CGCUUCCAUCGUUUCGAUUCCUUUUGUUAUGACUUCCGAUGAACAGUGUCAUUUUGCAUAAACGCGACUCAUGUUUCGAUCUAUCACCCAAUUGCUUCAUUGUGAAUGAAAUGAAGCAUCAUGAAACCAUGCCCACUAUCUCAUCUUCAACCUUGGAGCCUCUUUAGCAAGUUCAGGUUGUUUAGUGUGUUUCUUCUUCUGGUAGGUUCCAUGGAGGUUACUGAGUCACGAUUCCUGGUUAAGUCACUGCCAGGUUUGCUAGGUGACCUUCCAUUCACACUCGAAACUGGUUACAUUGGGGUAGGAGAAUCCGAUGAUGUGCAGUUAUUUUACUACUUCAUUGAGUCUGAAGGGAACCCAAAAAACGACCCUCUCAUGCUUUGGCUCACAGGAGGGCCUGGUUGUUCUGCUCUUUCUGGCCUUUUGUAUGAAAUAGGCCCAUUCACUAUAAACUAUGCAAAUUCCACUUUGGAGAAGCCAAUGCUCGAGAUAAACCCUCACAGUUGGACAAAGGCAGCCAGCAUAAUAUUUCUUGAUCAACCUGCUGGGUCUGGAUUCUCCUAUGCAAAAACUCCUGAAGCUUAUAUAACAAAUGAUACAUUAUCAACAUUGCAGACUUACCAAUUUCUUAGAAAGUGGCUUGUGGAUCAUCCUACAUUUCUCAACAAUCCUUUGUAUCUUGGUUCUGAUUCCUACAAUGGUAUAGUGCUUCCAAUGAUUGUUCAGGAAAUAUAUAACGGUAAUGAAGUUGGAGAAGGGCCACAUAUUAACAUCAAAGGGUACCUGCUUGGUAAUCCUCUAACAGACACAAGUGGUGACUAUAAUUCAAGAAUCCCAUUUGCUCAUCGUAUGGGACUCUUAUCAGAUGCAAUCUACAAGUCAACUGAAGAAAAUUGCUAUGGAGAGCACUUGAAUGUAGAUCCCAACAACAGUCUCUGCAUACAUGAUCUUCAAGUAGUAGAUAAGUGCCUUGAAAGAAUCCGCAAGCCGCACAUUUUAGAGCCUUUUUGUGACACUUUCAACGCCUUAAAAUCUGAUCUCUUCAGAAGGGUCUUAAGAUCUCUUGAGAAAACCCCUAAUGAUAUGUGGUCGUUACCUCAACUUCAGAUACAAGGCUGUCGUGCAGACAACUAUUUGUAUUCUUAUACAUGGGCUAAUAGUAGAAACGUGCGAAAAGCUCUUCACAUUCAUGAGGAGUUUAAUGAAAUCGAGUGGGUGCGAUGCAAUUAUUCCUUACAAUUUGAUUUUGGUAAGGAAGUCUUAUCAUACACGCACAAUGUCCUAAGUACGAUCACCUAUCAUCAACACUUUGCUAAUCAUAAAAAUUGCCGAGCUCUUGUAUACAGUGGAGAUCAUGACAUGGUUGUUCCAUAUCUGGGUACAUUGAACUGGAUUGAGUUGUUAAAUCUGUUGGUUGUGAGUGAUUGGAGACCUUGGUUUGUUGAUGAACAAGUAGCCGGAUAUACCAUGAAAUACUCGAACCACAACUACACGUUAACCUUUGCUACUGUAAAGGGAGGAGGUCACACAGCUCCAGAGUAUAAACCUAAAGAAUGUCUAAGCAUGUUUAUGAGGUGGCUUGCUGACGACCCUUUGUAACUCACAAUGGUAGAGUUUAAUGUGUGUUUCUUAUGUUGUAUACAUCGGUUUGUAUGUUUGUAAUUUCUAGAAGUCAAAUUCCAUAGAUAUUGUAACGUGUUUAUUAAAAUUUGUUUUAUCAUACAACCAUUUUUUCUAAAACAGUUGAAGAUACUUGCAAA